GAAUACCUUUUUUCUUUGUCAUCGAACACUUCCUCAUACACAACCCCCAAAUACUUUUUUGAGAUUACACACAAAUUCCUUUUAUUGCCAGCGGUAGCACAAUGCAGCCCUCUCAGUCUGCCGCAGAGGCAAUCGCAAAGUACACAGACGAGCUUGUUGCUAUCGAUCGCAAGAAUGACGAGGAGACAGCUGCGUUGCGCCUUGAGUACCGCAACAAAAUGGAGCCUCUGCUGGUUAAGCGUCACGAGCUCCUGAAAGGCGUCAACAGCUUUUGGUCUGGUGUUCUUUCGUCACCGGAGACACCAAUUUCGGGUUUGCUGAACGGCACGAUUGAUCCGAAGAUUGUGCGUGCUAUUACCGACUUUCAAAUUCUCACCCGCGUCGACGACAACAAGCUCUGCCGAAAGAUCAUUAUUUCCUUCCGCCAAAACAUGUUUGUGGAAGAGGGGCACGUUUCACGCGAAGUUGACUCUGAGAUGAAGACGCUCUCACUUACCCCGCUCAAGUGGAAGCAAGGCACCGACCGCGCGCGCACCGACUCUUUCUUUUCAUUUUUCACUGAAUCGUUCCAGUCUGAUAUGGACGCCAUGAGCGAGGUUGUGGAAGGCCUGGAUAUUAUUUAUCAGAAUCCGUUUCUUGCCGUGCAAGCUGAUUAA